AUGUCAGCUUACCGAGUCAUCGGUCUCUCUCCAUCCACAUGUACUCAGCGAACGUUGUUCACUGCUUACGAGCGACAAGCAACAGUCGAUCUCGUUCCUCUUAACAUAAUGGCCGGUGAUCAGAAGAAACCGGAACAUUUGGCCAAACAACCAUUCGGAAAAAUUCCUGUACUCGAAAUGCAGGAUUUUGUAUUGUAUGAAUCACGCGCCAUUGCGCGUUUCAUCAAUGAUACGUGUUCGUCUGGCAGCACACUGAUACCCAGUGAUCCGAAACAACGUGCUAUCUUUGAACAAUGGGCAUCACUUGAAGCAGGCACCUACAAUCCACACAUCGAGGGCUUGGUUGCUCAACGUGUAUUUGUGCCGAUGAGAGGGGGCCAAACGGACGAAAACAAAGUCAAAGAGCAUUAUAAUGCGUUGAAAGAGCCACUCGAUAUUCUGAAUAAUAAUCUGGCUAACAAGGAAUACAUUGCCGGUCCAUUCACACUCGUGGAUAUUUUUUUCACUCCCUAUAUAAAUAUGCUAUUACAAUUACCGGAAAAGGAUUUGAUCGAAUCACGACCGAAUAUUGCGGCAUGGUGGAAACGUGUCUCAUCGCGGCCAGCGUUUAAAAAAUUGUAUAAACAAGUCGAAGAAGAUAGAGCAGCAAUGAUGUCCGGACAAAAGUAA